UUAGCUUGCAGGAGGCAGCUGCUGACACCAGACUGUGCUGAGCCUCAACCAGUGUAGAGAGAGGGCAGCAUCAGCCUCAGGGAAAGAUGAACACAACCUGGUACCCUGUUGAUGUGAAAGCUGUUGGCUUGAUGAAAUGCAGAAAGCAGAAGAACUACAUGAUGUCUGUGCUCUGGCCAGAUCGAAACAACGUUCUUAUCUACCGGACUUUUGAAGAGUUUAAGAAAUUCCACAAAGAACUGAAAAAAAAGUUCCCCAUAGAAGCCGGUUUACUAAAGAAAUCAGACCGAACCAUUCCCAAGUUUAAAGAUGCCCCUCGGAUGCAGAGAAAGAGCGGGAAGCUGAGGAGGUCUCUGGAAAGACUGAAACUUCUGGAGCUUUACUCCCAGGAGCUGAUGAAGCUGGAUACAAAAAUCUCCCAGAGUGAAGAUGUGACCCAGUUUUUCAAGGCACAAACCCGAGACCUAGAUCCCUCAUUUCCAGAAAACAGCAUUAUAAUCAUGCCAUCAGAAUUUGGGGAUGAGAAGAAAAAACAGCUUACACAACCAAGCCCCUCUAUUACAUACCCAGUGGCUUCCCAGACCUACAGGUGCAUCGAAACCUAUGAAACGAAAGACACAAAGAACAGACCUUUCAAAGUUGCUAAGGGGGAGAUCGUUGAAGUCUUAAUCAAGGACAUGACAGGGUGGUGGCUGGUAGAGAACGAGGACAAGCAAAUAGCCUGGUUUCCAGCUCCAUACCUGGAGGAGAGAACAUUUGGAGAGAAGGCUCCAAGUUUCAGGGAGUCAGAUGAAGAGGGGUCCAGGUAUUACACUGUGCGGGCAUACAAGUCUCAGGAAGCAGACGAGCUCUCAGUGAAUGCUGGGGUCAUUGUGGAGGUGCUGGAGAAAUCAGACAAUGGCUGGUGGCUCAUCUGGGGAGCUGUUGCUUGAGGAGGAGAAGCCAACAGCGCCAGUUCUUUUUGGACCAGGCAGCCAGUGAGGAGAGAGGUCAAUAAGAGUUUCAGUGCAAACUUUGCCUUGCCAGACCCCCAGUGUCUGCUCCAUUGCUGCUUUUGUUCUGUGUUUGUACUGCACACAGCCCUUUUCUCCAAAGAUCUCAAAGCAGGUGAGUACAAGUGCUACCAUUUUACAGAACCAGGGAACUGAGGUAGUCAAGCAGCUUGGCCAGGAUCAUGUCUUUCUCUAGGUCCGAGCCAAUGUCAGGUAGUCAGAAAAAGACAUGCAUUCUGAGAACCUGGGUUCUGGAAGUGGCCCAGGGUGAAGGGAGCAAAAACAUCACAGGAUGUCAUGGGGUGCAGCGAGAUGCCUUCACACUCUGGACCAGGCUGUGCUCUGAUGAUCCUCACAGCACUUUCAUGGCCCAUAUCUUGUGAAAUCUGCCCAGGCCCUGCAGUGACCAAAACAACCUGUACAAAAGCCUGAAUUCAAGCAGCAUUUGCUAACUCUAACUCUAGGAAACCAGACUAUGCCCUCAGCAACAUGAUACAGACACCCCUUAAUUUAGUUCCUCUCCUUAGCUCACUUUCUGCCAUGCCACCAGUCCGGCAACUGGUGUAUGACUGCUGUUUUUCACACUGACCAGUUGUCUCACUGUACCAACAUGCUCCCCCAUCGACAUGCUGUCUCUUGCCUUAUCCUUAGCUUGUACACUAUUUGGCCAGGGACUGUCCUUUGGAUGGAUAUUUGUAUAGGAUGUAGCAUGGUCUAGGAUUAUCUACAAGGGGUUCCAACACAGUGCAGUUACUUACCAUAGAAAAUGAGGGUUGGAAGGGAGCUCAGGAGGUCACAUCUAGUCCAACCCCCUGCUUAAAUCAGGACCAGCCCCAAAUACAUCAUUCCAGCCAAAGCUUUGUUGGGCCGGGCCUUCAAAAUGUCCAAGGAUGGAGACUUCACCACCUCUCUGGGUAACCUGUUCCAGUGCUUCACUACCUUCCUCCUGAGAGUUUUUCCUCAUAUCCAACCUAAGCCUCCCUUGCUGCCAGUGGAGCCCAUUGCUCCUUGUCCUGUCGUCUGCUCCACUGAGAACAGCCAAGCUCCCUCCUCUUUGCAGCCCCCCUGCAGGGAGGUGAAGGCUGCUAUUUUUCAGCCUUCUCUUUGGCAGACUAAAUCAGCCCAGUUCCCUCAGUCUGUCCUCACAAGUCAUGUCCCCAGCCUCCCAACCAUUUUUGUUCCCUCUGCUGGACUCUCUCCAACUUGUCCACAUCCUUUCUGUAGUGGGGGGCCCAAAACUGGGCACAGGACUUCAGAUUUGUCCUCCCCAGUGCAGAAUAGAGGGGAACAAUCACUUCCUUCAAUCUGCUGGCAAUACUCCUGAUUAAUGCUUACCAACUACUCACUAAAAAGGGAGAGUCUGUAAUCUUCCAGCAUGUGCAUAAGGUCCAAGGUAGGUGGGCUCGGGGGGUUCUACCAGCAGGACCACUUACUGUAAGAGUGUCUCUAUGUGGACACUUGUGCUAUUUGCCAUUUCUCUCAAGCUCAUGCACCAACCCUUCAAGAUUCAAGGUUUGAAGAGUGAGAGGAAGGUGAUUCUUGGC